AUGCUUGGAAGCAGUAACAAGUUCGACCCAAACACUGACAUCCCCGACUUGAGUGGGAAGGUCUUUGUUGUAACAGGUGGCAGUGCGGGAAUAGGGUAUGGAAUCUCAGCACAUAUCCUCCAGCACAACUGCCAGAAGCUCUACCUCCUUGGGAAGAAGCAACAUCACCUUGAUGAAGCCGCGGAGGGCUUGAAGCAGUACGGGGAUAUUUCCCGUGUGGAGUUUAUCCAGGUUGACCUUGAAGACCUCCAUCACACAGAUCAGGUAGCGAAACGACUUGCCUCUGAGCUAGACAGCCUUGACGCUUUAGUCUUGAACGCUGGACUCGGUGUUGGGCCUUAUGGAGAGACUAAAGAUGGCAUUGAUAGCCAUAUGCAAGUCAAUGUCUUUGCGCAGCAUCAUUUGGCCAUGACACUGCUCCCUAAGUUGAUCGCCACGCCUGACAGCAGGCUUUGUCUGCAGUCGUCAGAUCUACAUCGUGCAGCGCCCAGCGACAUCAAGUUUGCAGAUCUUGAAGAGAUUAACCAAGACAUUGGACCAACUUAUCUUUACAACCGCACCAAGUUGGCUCAAGUCCUACUUGUUCGUGCUCUCUACCGGCGCAAACAGCAAGGUCAACUAGGCAUGCAGCCUGGUAAAGGACCGUGGAUCAACGCCACUCAUCCUGGCGGUGUCAGGACAGAUCAACAGGAACAGGCUAUAGAUGCCUACGGGACUUUGGGCAAGGUUGGGGUCGCUGUAAUACGCCCUUUCAUGAAGGACCCAAUUGAUCAGGGAUGUCGACCAAUUUUGUUCGCGGCCACAAGUGAUACGAUUAAGGAGGAGAACAUUGACGGCAGCUACAUCGUGCCGGACUGCAAGGUCACGGAGGCUUCUUCGCAGGCGCUUGAUGAAGAUUUGCAGGAGAAGCUUUGGGCACUUACGGAGAAGAUCCUGAAAGGAAAGCUUGGGUCUGGAGCUGGACAGUAA